UGCUGCAUCGUCCUCUACACGCGUAACUGGGAAUCGGCUUUGGAACACAACCCGGGUACUGAAGGAAGUGUAUCACCCGUGUCGCCUGACAUUCGUCAACUCCAACAAUCGCCUCUGUACCACCGUACAUCAAGCAUAUCACCAAUCCAUUGAUCACUGUACGUAUUAGCGAUAUUAGCCAUAUUAGCCGCGCUUAGCUGCUUCAUCGAUCGAUCAAUCGAGAGGGCACAACGCUAAACGCGCGAUAAGGCAUACGACACGACACGACGCCGCCGACGUGCAAUCGCUGCUAUGUGAUGCACCGAUGAAAAAACUGAAUGUAAAGUUGGAAAGCAGUGGUACGGCAGGAACGUUGACGGGUCAUCAUCAUCAUCAUCAUCAUCGUCAUCAUCAUCAUCAUCAUCAGCAGCAGCAGCAGCAGCAGUAGCAGCAGCAGCAGCAGCAGCAGCAGGUGGUCGGAAUGGCGGGCGGAUUGAACGCGAACGCGGCUGAUACCGCCGACCCCGCAAAUCGGAUCUGUCGAGAUUUUUUGAGAAACGUCUGCCACCGGGGGAAGCGCUGCAAAUAUCUUCACGAGCGUUCGGAGGACGAUCCUGUCGAGGAAUAUACCUUUUGCCACGAUUUUCAGAACGGCAAGUGCAAUUGGCCGGGCUGCAAGUUCCUCCAUUGUACGGAGAGCGAGGAGAAGCGUUUCCGGGCGACCGGCGAGUUGCCACCUCACGUUCUCAAUCGAGCCAAGAUCUGCAACAACGACAAGCCGGAUCAUCCGUUGUGCAAGGACUUUAUGAAGGGCAGCUGUCAGAGGGUCAACUGCAAGUUUAGGCACUUGAAGAAGGAGGAACCGCAACACAAUCUGAUGUCGCCCUCGCAUCACAACCCAUCCAGACCGCAGCACAACUUUAACGGUACCAGCAACGGCAGCAGUGGUACCGGUAGCGAUGGACGCAGAUACGAAGAGGACAGGAACUUUCACUGGCAAAUGCAGGAUCAUCAUAAUAAUUUGAUCGCUAAUAACGGCGGUUAUAACGCAUCGUCGCAUCCAACCGAUUACAUCGGACCGCCGGAGCCAAAGAGGCGAUUAGUAUCGGGUGAAACGGUCGUACACUUCGAAGCCUCUCCAAUCGUGAGCCAGCAGCACGCGACUCAACCGACAGUCACACCGGGCUACUACUACCAUCCCAUGAUAGCGCGGAACGAAGCACGAGCCAUCGUGCUGGAGGAUGAGAAUGUACUGUUGAGAAAGAAGAUAGAAGAGUUAAAGAAGCAGGUCAGCGACUUGACGGCGACGAAUGAGUUUCUGUUGGAUCAAAAUGCCCAAUUGAGAAUGUCGGGCAAGCGAACCGCAAACGUGACGGCUGUAACGGUCCCGGCAGUCACGAUUACGAACACGGUUCCGCCGUCGCAAGCUCCAACACCCCAACAAAUGGUCAACGCGGCCGUGGCAGCGGGCACUCUUCGAACAGUCACCGCCAGCGUGGCCACUGUUCCCGUGAGCAUCGCGACUGUAGCACCCGUCUCUAUCGCAGCGGUCUCUAUGGCACCAGUUUCGAUACCACCGCCGAUCGUCACUAUGGCUCAACAAACUAUUUCGAUGAGCGGCUCCGGGCCUCCUCAGGCGACUAAUCAGCAACCACCGAACACGCAGCAGCCCGCUAGUUUACCCUUGUCGAUAUCCGGCGCGACCGCUCCUCUCGUUUCCUAUCCUAUUAUGACGCAGGAACUUAGGCCUGUCUUGCAAUAGGCUGCGUCGUGAGAAUAGGAACGACACUUAGUAUCCGACAGGAUACAAUCCACGUACACACGUAUGUACAAUGUAUCACCUACUCGGCUAUGUAGGCGAAUCGAGUGAUGGAUGUGGUUCAUGAUUCAUUUUAAUCUAUUAAAAUUGUACUUCCCCUUACAAGUACACUUCAAAGUUGAAAGUAAACACGGAAGAUAGAAAUCAGCGGCUGUGGGAUGAUGUAUGUAGUGUAUCACCGUAGUAAUUAGAUACAUUUGUAUCAAUGUAAUAAUCAUCUGUCUAGAUCCAUAUUCUAAUCAUUUGUACAAAAAUUGGUAAACUGUAUAAAAAAAAAGCGUUUAAACGAUUUCUUUUAUUAAAAUAUCGUUUCUAUAUUCAUUUCUUUUUGUAAUUAUUAUAUCCGAAUAUGUAAAAUUUAAUUUCUUUAUUUUUUCUUUGUGAAUAGCGCGUUAAGAAUAUACGAUAAUAUAUGACUAUGCAAUAACAAUUGUCGAUAAUGUCGACAGCUAUAUAUGUUCAAAGUGUGUAUAAUUGUAGAAUAACAGGAAUGACAAUCUAUAAUUACGUAACAUAGUUACAUCAUGACAUUAUACAUGUUUCUUCUCAACUUUUUUUUUCUUUCUAUUUUGUUACAUGCGUAGCAUCGUAUUAAUCUAAUCUUUGUGUAAAGAUAAAUUGGAGAAUAAUAAUAGCAAAUAAGGAGCACUGUCGAAGAAAUUGUUAAGUAAGGGGAUAUGAAUAAGGAGAUAUCUCUUUUAGAUAGUACGUUAACAUAAGUACAAAGAUUAAAAAAAAAAAAUGUAGUACAUUAAAAGAGAGAGAGAGAGAAGAAAGGUUCGCAUCGCGCUUUAUUGAUCCAGAUUCGCAGAAUCUUACUAUUCCGGUAAUCCUUGCACGUACGGAAUAUUGUACAUAUUGUAUUCCAUUGUCCUUUUAUUUACCCGAGAGAAAUUUUGUACUUUUAGUAAGCAAAUUUUUGAUUACACACACACACACACACACGUUAAUCGCAUUAAAUAUUUUAAUUAAGUACUUAUGAUUAUACCAGUUUCUAUAAUUGACUUAAACCAGCAACUUUUUUAGAAUAAUUAAGUAUAAAUUUAUAUUUAUUUAUAUACAAGUGUAUAAAUUACAUACUGUAUACGGGAAAUUUUACCGUAAGAAAUGUGCUCUACACCAAAUGGAUAUGCAUUUGUUUUUGAAACAUGUUAUUAAUCGCGACACGAUACUACUUGUAUAUAUUUUGCGACAUAAUUAGCGAUAUAAGAGAAAUUGAGCACUAUGUACUCGCGUAUUUUAUAUAUGCAUACAAAUGUAUAAUCUUUUACGUAUAAAUUUAUGUUUAAAAGCACUUUAUUAAAAAAGAAGAAAAGACAA